ACACGUAUAACUCAAAGCGUUCUUUCCUAAUUCAAAGUUUUCUGUCCUAAUUGAAAACUGUUGUGUCUUGAUUCAAACUUUUCCAUCCUGAGUCAAACUUUUCUGCCCGAAACUGUUAUGGAGCUAGUAUUGAGUUUGUUUAAAUGUUUAUUUUGUCUUUGAUAGCUAUGUUCAAUAUUUUUCCAAUUGAAGAGAUUUGAUCCAAGGUAGUACCAAAGUCUUUUGAGAGAAGGAGAGUGUCUUACAGGUUUCUGAGUUGGAUCGGCCAGUAGUAAUCGAUUUUAUCCGCUUGUUGAUUGACUGCAAAGACGGAGAUGGCUUGGCAACAAGACGGGGUAUAGCAUGUCGACUUGGCAGGAGAUGGCUCAUAUUUAUCUCCCCUACAAGGUACGUGAAUUGAUUUAUUUGAUCGUCUAUGCAUCUUAUGCUUUUUAUACAUGAUUUUUUAUAUGCGACACAUAUGGAUGCAUCUAAGGUAGCUUUAAUAAUGCCUACAUUUGUAAUAUCUUCCUGUAAAUAUUUUAAAUACAAGAUUCUGGUUGUUCUAUGACAAGAAUUCACGAACGAGCCAUACGAAUCAUAUGAAGGAAUGGCACUUCAGUAUUUCAGUGUCUGUUCACUAGCUAAAUUUACAGCUGCUCAUGAUCAAAAUAACUGCUAAUUACUUAAAUCCAACAUUUAUUGAAGUUAUAGCUAUUUGUUACCAGUAACCUACAAUAUUAACUUUGAGCAAAAAACAACGUUGCUUUACCUAGUGCAAGAACAAUAAUAUAUGACACUUUCAGAUUUACAGGCUAAAAAUUAUGCUAAUGGUUGCCUAUUGUAAUGAGUACCAAUACCUUGAUAUUUUCAAACGAAACAUGAAAUAUUUAGUCACCUUUUAGCUAUAUGAUUGAUUAGACUAUAUACUAUUAUCAUACUGUUAGGCCCAUCAAAAUUAUUACUUACUAUAUGUUGAAGAUUUUUUAAUUAGGCCAAUAUUGACAGGAGGAUAUCUUUUUAACAAGGAUGUAUUCAAAGAAACACAUGUUCGCUUUCUUCUUAUAAGUAAUCGUAAAAAAUCUUUAGCUUCAAUAGGAUUUUACUAUGUUGCUACCCCUAACGAGCAAUUAAAGGUAAUUUGAAUGAAUAGUAAAAUUGGACUUUAUUACGAUGGGAACUUUAUUAAUCACUUGUAAUCGAACUGAUUUGAACUAUUCGGUGAAUCGUUGCUGAUUCGCAACGGAAGAGUUAUCAUACCUUGCGCAUGCCCCGAAUUUUGCUAGUUUAAGACAGUAACACUUGGCUCUUACUAUACAAUAAGGGUUUUCGGAUAGCACAAUCCACAGUUUGCCUUAAAGACUCUGGUCUACCCAUAAGGCUUAAUGCUAAUAAAUACAGCAAAUCUAAAAUUAACUUGGACCAAAUUAAUCAGAGCACGCUCACAAUUGGAAACUGCUCACGUGAAUCUGUGUACAGGAAAAAUCCGGACCAUUGCCGAAGACACUAUUAGAGUGAAGACACUUAAAGUGAGAAAAUGGAUGCUCGAAGAUUCCAGACUACCGAUAUCGAUAAUUUUGAAAUGAUAGAUCAAUUAUAGUUUAUGGCGGAGACGAAGCCAUAACUUUAUUCUCCAUUUUGAGCCACUGUGCGCUGCGCUAGGAUUUCGCCGAUUUACAGAAAGGCGGAAACUGUUCACAUGAUACUCUCCCUGCGCAAUUAGAUUGGUCAACCGUUGAUGAUCGAUUGGCUGUAAGCCAUUCUUAUCUGUGUGAAAUGCCUUUAAUCGAUGCGAUGGUAAGCUACUGUGGCCCUCCGACUUGUGCCCGAAGUGUUGAAGCUGUGUGAACGGCAUGUGUACGCAUUUAGGGUAUGCCGCGAAUUGCACAACGGGACGAAUGGCAAAACGGGAUGAAUUGCCAGGUGAAGCUAUUUAUCAGGUUACUAAGAAACCAUUUGAGAUGAAACUAGAAAGUAAUUACUACAAUUGUUGGUUGAAAGCAGAAUCACACCACACGAAACACAAAUGCAUAUUUUAUAGGUUGGUUUUGAAUUCUUAUUCAAGUUACGAACACAUUUUAUUAGCGACCUGUUCCUUUUCUUGAAUAACCCUGCUUCUUGCAACCAAUUUAUUUACGUGUACCAUAGAUCCCCUAAUUCCAUAAUACACCGUUCUAUUGUGUUUAUUCGGUUGCGCCAGGAAUAUAAUCAAAUAUACCUGUCUUAUUUACCAUUAUCUUACAGAAGGCAAACAAAUUGCGUGAACGUCAUAAUUUUGUGCCAAUCGUGAACAGACUGUGGAAAAUUUUGCCGACUUUUGAAUUUGUUUGUUUCUCGCGAUGGAUGUUCGCAUGGUGGAAAUCUUGUAAGUGUCUUUAUGUCUCUACUUCACUAACUUAGGCCAUGAUAUUGAAUGUUUUUGUUUGUCCCUGUCAUCAGUGGGCGAGACUGACUACUGACUGUUUCUUAAUUAACAGCAGCGCCAUACUUUUUUCAAAAAAUGCAGAUUCAGUGUUGAUAUAAGCUGAUUUGAAAUAUCGCGACAUUAUUCGUAAUAUAUCUUUAGUUAUCUUCAGUUGGUUUUCAUUCUCUACAACUGACUCUUAAAAUUUUUUAUUUGUUUAGUAAUUCGGUCUGAAUUUGUUUGUAAACACGGCAUGUUUUCCUCGCCGUAGAAACUUUGCAAAUUAGCGCAGUUUUUUUGCCAAAUUUAAUUUUAAAAGGCAUAUUCAAUAAAUGAAAAAGAACUCAUCUGUUAAUGUCAUGUCAAUACCAUUUAGAUUCAGACACAGAUACAGAGAGAAACACUUUGUGCUUACACUUAGGUGGAGUACAACUCAUUUUGUACUCUCUGAAUAUUGCUCAACGAUAUUUAACUUUGACGUUUCUCAUUUCGUUUUAUCAUCUUAAUUUCAAACUUAAACGCAAUCUUUUAGCGGUUUGUUAUGCCAAAUAUUAGGCUAUUGAAUUUAAGAAGGCAUGUUGCCAAAGUGCCUUCAAGUCCGUGUUCUAACUUGUUACUAAAACUUAUAUUGAUUUCUAAGUUUAAAUCUUUCAUUCAUAGACUUUUUAGUGAUUAACUACUGCUUUCAAGUAUUGAGAAAGUUUAGAGGACGAGUAGAUUGUUUUCAAUUGCUUCUAUAUUGUCUUCAAACUGCAUUGGCUCAUGAUUAUUGAGCCUGCUAGAUCUACGCUCCUGAUUGGAGCAUUUUUUUGCUCGGCAUGCAAGCGAAAGUCCUGCGGAGAGCAGAAAUAUCAGGGUUAUUCUUUAAAGGCCUGUUGAAACAAUAGCCUAUUGUAUAAUGCAGCCAAUAGAAUUUCAUGUGACCACCUAAAUUCAGCUGGAUAUAAUGCCUUUAACAAAUAUCUGUCCUUCAGUCUUGAAAUGAUGUUGCGAUUAGCACAGAAACCCUAUUUCUGUAUUGUAUCAGUUUUUGAUAAACCGUGUUCACUUCGGAAUCAACAUGUGUUGUGUUUUUCGUUGAACUGAACUGAAAAGCCAACUUGUUGCUUUUUAGGAGUAAUUUUAGUUUUAUAAUAUUUAGAUUUAAUUUAGAUGUAAUAUUUAGAUUUAAUUUUUACGAGGGUAAUGCUAUUAACUUCGAUGAGUUUCAUUCCUGUUUUUUAUGUCAUACAAUACUUAGUCAGAUAAACAAACAUUGCUAGAUUUUCUCAAAAAAGACUCAUAUACACUCAAAAAAGAAGCCAUGGCCUCUUGUUAAACUUCCAACUUAUUUCUUGUUAUUUAAAAGAACAAAAGUGCAAACAGCAUAAGAUGAUAUCCAAGGAAGAAGAUUAAUUUUUCAAUAUCUAGGCUCUUGAUUCUCUUCUUCAAAUUUCCUUCUUGUUAAUUUUUUUUAGCUGAAAAGCCAAAAAAUGAUGCUUCGUAUUUGGUUCAUUUUCCUUGCUUUGGCGCGAGUAAACAGCCUUGAUGUCUACGAUAAAUAUUACAGCAAAUGUCCUAUGCUGACGGCAAGCGGCUCGUGUUGUCAACCCAGCUCUGAAGAUUGCCAUAAUCCCUGCAGUUUCAAUGCCACAAGCAAGCAUCACGAGUGUACUGCAAAUGGUGUCAGCAAUGCCAAAUGCCUACUUAACGGUCUGCCAAAUUUCGGAUUUGCUUAUCCACUUGGUUUUCUCAAUGGUAUGAUCUCUGCGUCCCAGCUUACCACCUUGUCGUUUGUUCCGCGUGCUUUUGGAGCAAACGCAGGUUUCCCAGCAGUUAGUUCGGCGUCCUCAUUUGUAAUAGACUUCCAAAGAAAAAGGAAAAUCAUGUAUGUUAUAUUUCAAGAAGGCCAAACUCGUACGACUGCUGUUCCAUUGACACCGAAAAUUAUAAUAUCCGAUGCAAACAACGUUGCUAUCAGUAGGGUGAUCAACUGUAAGGAAACAUUCGGAAAACUGGAACCGUACAGCUGUCGUUUUGCAAUUAAAAAUCCAUUCCGCUGCCAAAAGUUACAAGUCCUUGUGGAAAUUACUUUAGCAUCAACAACCCUCAACCCAAAGAUUGAAGUCGGAGGAAUGGAUUACUUGGAGAGUGAUCAUUUUUGGCGAUUGGACACAUUCAUUAUCCGCCCUGGCAAUGAUCUGGAGAUUUUUCCAGACGAGAGAGGAAAUUUCUUUGUGUCUUUGAAUAUAGGUCCUUUUUCAGCUCAAAGUACCGAAGUCCGACACAAAGAUCUCUCCGCGGACAGCAGUUUUAACACUGCAAAGUUUACAUUUCCAGCUGAUUCAUGUUUCAAAAAUUUAGCGAAUUGCCAGGACUCGAUCACCUUUGCAUUUUGGUUGAAACGACCGAUCGAUGAUGAUGCAUUGAUUGAAAUGAAGGAUACGGGUUUAAAUAACAUUGCGAUGAGAAUCCAAGUAAAAAAUGACGAAUUUAAGCUUGAGGCCUACUAUGAUACAUCUUCAUCAAUCCAAUUCAAGACUUCACUUUCAACACCCACAAGUAGUACCUGGAAUCAUUUCAUAUUAGUAUGGAAGCGCAAAUACUCCUUUCUUUAUGUUGACAGUGUAAGUAAAGAGUUGACUAAUGAAGGUGGACAAAUGUUGUCUGGCCUACCAACUGAACUGGAGAUGAAGCCCGCAUCAAAUUUUAGAAAUUUUCAAAUAUGGUACUUUGCACUAAAUGCAGCAGAGGCUUCAAAAGUUUAUACUGAAGGUGUUGCUGCAAUGGACUUCAAAUUCACAGCAUUUGAAGAUUUUGGAGACUGGAAACUUGCAACGUCAUUGUGUUCUCAAGGACCAUGCCAGGACGCCACAUCUUCUCCUGCAGCAGGUGCUGCAACAGCCAAGCUUGAAUAUCGUGGGCAUGUGGACAAUUCUGCCUUUUACAGCGAAGCUUCUAACACGUGUACCAAAGCAAACGGCAACAGUCCCAUUCCAAUUACAAUUUCAUAUAAUCGGUUGUUGAUGAUGGCAUUUAACAUCGACCUCGAAGGUGUUGGUGUUGAGAUACAAAGACUGACUUCCGCCAAGCUGACAUUGGAUUGGGAUCUUGAUCAAUCAUUGCCUUACAACUUAGUAAUUGAAAUAUACGCUGUUAAUUCCUAUGAUUACAAUAAAAAGUAUAUCGACCAGUGCCGAUUCAUACACCUGGAUGAUGACGUCAAGACAGGGCCUGUGUAUUGGGACAACUUUUCGUCGAAGGAAACUCCAGAUUUACAUGAAUUGAUAGUGCCAUUUUUAGAUCGUGGCUCAGUAGCUUGGAGGAAAAACAUUGUUUUUGUAAUGAAAUUCAUCUUGACGAAAGAUGAAACCAAAACAUUUAACUUCAGAGAUGCUACCUUCAGAUUGGAAUAUAUUGAUGGCACGCCAGAGAAAUUUCUGUUUGCCGACUUGAAUCACGCUGCUGUUGGUCAGCCAUUGAUGUACACUACUCGGUUUUACUUACCAACAAGAAAAUGCCUGAAAUUUGCCUAUUUUAUGAAUGGUGAAGGGGCUGGCUCGCUAGCUGUGAAUCUGAGACAAGGAGAUUCUUUGUUUGUGGAAAUAUUCAAGCUUGUUGGAAGCCAGGGAGAUGGUUGGAAAGAAGCUAAUGUUUCGCUGAACACACUUGGCCUUGAUGCAAUAACUCCGUUUCGAAUAACCUUCAUUGCACUAGGAAGCGAAAGUACUCAAGGAAGCAUUUCAAUUGACAAUAUCAAAUUAACCUUUCCAAUUUGUUCGUUCACACCAAGCAACGGAAUUCCCACACGCCUAAAUCAUGAUACCAUAUCAAAAGCUUUUGACUCUCUAAGAAUGGAUCCUCCACUGAUUCUCGCACCACUUACAACCAAAUCUGAUACUGAUCUAAUGAGCACAACAACGGUGUUAACGAAAAGCUCUCAAAAUCUUGAAGACAAACCUACCACAGAUAUGUUUGGAUACCCAGUCACAUUCACCCAUUUCAAGGGUGCAAGCUCUGAACCAACACCUGGCGUUGUGAAAGUUCAGCCUGCACUUUCUCACGAGCUAAGAGAUUUUACAAUAACAUUUCAUGUCAAACCCGAUGAUGUUCUCUCGACAGUUUUUGCCCAGUUCGGAAAUAAUGAUGGUGUUUUAAAUACUCUUCUCUCCAUGGAUCGUGCUGGAAAUUUUUCUAUUAGUUUUAUCAAAAAUGAAACCCCAGAAGGUAUUGAAACAGCAACUACGAGCAGUGUUUUCCACAAGAACUCAUGGGUUUAUCUUGCAAUAACUUAUUCAAAAGCAGCUAGCAGAUUGACAGUUUAUGCAAAUGCGACGGAAGUCUUGGCUGUAAACUCAAACGGUACAGGUCAACUAGGAAACAAACUAAAGAUGGGAGGCAGUUCUGAACCUCUGCGAGUACGUGUAGGAAAGGGGGAGUAUUUUAAAGGCUAUAUCAGCUGCUUGCAAGUUUACUCAUACGUUCUUGAGUAUCAGCAGAUAAAAGCCGUACAGAUUUGUCCUGACCGCAUUUCUAGCAAAACAUGUCUGCAAGCUUGCAAAGGUCGUGGCUGUUGCGAUGCAAUUACAGGCAAAUGUAUCUGCUCACGUUUUGCUCGAUAUAUCAACAAAGUGGAUUGCUCCAGUGCAUUGAUAAAUACAUUGUACAAAGAUGCUAAAAGUAUCAAAAGCUUUGAAAACAAGGUCGGGAUGAGAAAGGAUUUUGGAAAAGGCCUUGAUUUUCAUCAGAGUGCGUUGGCCUAUGACUACCUGUCCUCGAUAACGAGCGAGAACCAAGUAAAAUACAUAACGAUACCUGGCCCGAUCAACAGCGCGAUUUGCACAGUGAAUGAAGAUGGGAUAACUUUAUUGGGCAUCCAAUCCUGUAUCAUAGAUAGGAAUUGUAAUGCAGGAUUUUCGGUCUCGGUUUGGGUCCAGCCUCCUCCUGAAAAGUUUCAUUCUGGUCGUAAUAUCUCGAUACUCGACAUUGGUGCCUUUCAGCUGUCUUUCGCUAACCGGGUUUGUAGUGGCAAAAGAGGAUAUUCUUACGAGUUUCGGCUACAGGUUGGAACAGAAAUAUGCACUUGGCAUCCAGUCAGCAAUUGCAUCUCGUUCUCUAGGGUUUGGACGCAUUUGGUAGUGUCUGCUGAUUAUGCAAAAAAGCGUGUUCUGAUUGUUCAAAAUGGAAUGAUGAUGAAAGCACAGAAAAGUAGUUGCACCACGGUAUCUCCAACGCCUACCCCAACCCCAGCCAGGAUUGGUGGUGGUUCUAACUUUACCUGUAUUGACGAGCUGGUCGUGUGGGAUCAGCCGGUGAGCUCUGCGUCAGCAAUAAAAUUGUACUGCUCCCUGCGGUUUACAGGAAUGAAUCCCACCCCUAGCACCAUUAAAUUUUCGAUGGCAAGCUACAAUGAUUAUUCUGGUUCUCUUUGGGCCAUCGAUGUGUAUGGCAUUGUGUACCAUUACGACAAUGGAGUAUGGAAACAGAUUGACGGAAAGUUGAAGCACUUGUCAGCGGGUUGGAACGGCGUUUUUGGUAUAGGUUCAAAUAACAUACUUUAUGUUAGAGAUGGAAUAACACCCAAAAAAAAGGCAGGCUCUGCUUGGCGGGCUAUACCUCUUUCUACAAAUAAUUGGCUCAAGGUUUGUUCAGGAUAUAUCCCGAAAUUCAUCUUUUUGAUAAGGAGCGACAACUUUCUAUUUGUUGUCAAUUUAGGAAACAAUCCUGUUACAGCGAAUCAACAUUCAAAUCACAGGGUUUUGGACAUAUCUUGCAACGACAAAGUCUGCUGGGCUUUGUUAGCUGAUGGUACAAUGGCAAAUUUUUUCAAAACAGACACAGGAAUUGGGGGCUUACAUCAGUUCUUCACAAAAAAAGGUAAUCAACAGCUUUCAACAGGGAGGCACAGGUUUGUGAUCAGAAUUAAAGAUAACGCCGUACAAUGGUUAAGACCAGCUAGUGGGGAACUGAAUCCAACAACCAUUGACACUGGCUUGACAGAACCUGUCAAGCAUAUCUCACUCAUGUCUUCUGACAUCUUGGUGGUUACGAAUGAUGGAAAAAUUGUACUUAUCAAGGAGGACGGCAAAGAGGCUUUCAGUAUUCGGCAUUCCAGUGGAAGGUAUUUGGCAAAUGUCGAAUCGAAGUUUGCACUACGUCACGAUUACUUUGAUUUCUUCAAGAAAGAACCUGGCAUUUGCUUGAAAGACAUUUAUUUGAAUAAAUAUCUGACUAUGUUGGGGGGAAAGAUUUCAGUACAAUCAAAUUGCUUUCAGUUUUUGUAUGGCAACGACUCUAUGAUACGAAAGAAUGGCGAAUGGUCUGAAGCUAUGUCUUAUGGUACACUUGAAAAUGUCUACGUAAGACAUUCCAAUUAUCGCACAGCGCUGGAAAGCGAGCAAUGGGAAACAAAUGCUGCAAGAUUCUACUUUGUAUUCAGCUCAUUAAAGCAAGUAACGAAUUUUGACCCAACUCGAGUAACCAGUGAUUCAUUUGAUGGAGCAUUAAAAGUUCAGAUAUUGGUAAGGUUUUGGCUCGAAGAUUACGAAUUCAUAAAAAGCUUGAGUGAAAAGACUGGACCAGAAGCAAAAAUGAUCUUUGCCAAAGUGAAGACCGAGAUUGGUCAAUUAUUUUUUGAUAGCAGAUACUACAUGACCGUACAGUUUGAUCGAAUAACUCGUGGAAAUAACGUCAAUAUCUGGUGCAACUUUUACGGAAAUAGAACAGAUACUUGUCCGAGACCCCUAUACGUUGAAUUCACGGCCAUGAUUCUUUUUGGGCAUGUAUCUGCUACAGAAAGAGCAGUGCUGCUCUCUGAGAAAUUUAAAGGAACGGACAUGGACUGUCAAGGAAACAAGUGCUCAUUUCAACGAACUGGUGUUGCCAUUGGCGUGAUUAUCGGUGAUCCUGAUAUCAAAUUGAUGUCGAUGGAGAAAAAUGGUGCGUCCAUCAGAGCCAAGUUUCAGUACUUUAACGGAGUAAGCUCCGUGAUACAGGCUGGUUAUAAAGUGAACCUUAUAGCAGCACCCAUCAUUCAACCAUCUUUACAAAUCCACCAUUCUUCCAUCAUCGACGAAGGUGCAACGUUCUUCAUGAAUUUAAACCCAUACCACAGAGUCACUGGAACAAUGUGCCCAAAGAGCCUUCAAGAUGAUGCAAGUGGUUGUACUAAGCUAAAUUUCACCACUAUGGCAAUUGCACCUACUGGGAUGACAUCAUACAUGCAAUGUUUGGAAAAAGAAUCCAAAAUGCUGACAUUUGUCAUGAACAAAAUUGAUACUAUAAGGUGGAAUGGUCAGCCUCAAGCUUACUCGAUAUUUUACAAAGAAACAGCCAAGAGCAAUCAAGUUGACAAGUAUUUUGUCCCUUGCAACCUGACCAGCUUCUCACAAUAUAAAUUUGUUGAAGAACCUGUAGGUGAUGUCCUUGGUAAACAACAUAAAACAACCCUGACUGGUCUUGAAGCUUUUAUGAAAUAUGAAAUCUACGUAGCAAUCAAUACUUCAAUGGGGCUUGGACCAUUUGCUGGUAUCAUUUGCGAAACAAUAGAAGGAGCGCCUGAUGCUGCGCCUACGAAUAUCAGAAUCGAGCAAAUACAUCCAAACAAAGUGAAUGUGUCAUGGAUUCCUCUUCCAAAUGAUCCUGAGGUGUGGAACUCAAACAACGAGGCGAGUUACGGUUACAAUUUGGAAUAUAUGGAAUAUACUGAAGGGGAAGCAUCGCCAGCUCUAAUCGCAAAAGAGACAAAAGAUUCUUCAUUGAUAAUUGAAGAUCUGCAUGAAGGACGUGGAUACAAAUUUCGUAUCGCAGCUAAGUCAAGUGGAGGUGCUGGCAAUUGGUCCGAAGCAUUUUGCAUUCGAUUGCUAGAUGCUGCUCCUGGUAAAAAACCCGGCUCAGUAACUGCGAAGUAUUUGAAUGAGACUGCCAUCAACGUUGAUAUUGAUGCAUUAAAAGAUUUAUAUGAAGAAAAUGGGCUGAUCAGAUUUUAUAAUUUGACAGUAACUGAACGCGAAACUGGCGUGGUCAAGAUCUUUACAGUACAAAAUGACCUUGAAAUGACUCCCAAGAUACUUGUGAGCAAACAGAAUGGCUCCGCUCAAAAUUCUGCAAUCAGUUGUGAAUGGAUUUAUCGUGAGAAUGCUUCAAAAUCUUCGAAACCAAAAACCUUUAUUGUUCCAAACCUGAAGUAUUAUACAGAAUAUAACAUUUCAGUGUCGGCAUGUACCGAAGCUGGAUGUGGGAACUCUAUAGAAACACUGGCGAAAACAGAUCAGUACCGCCCAACUUGCCCACCUCCAAAUGCAACAAUUGACGUUAUUAACUCUACAUCUUUGCUGUUGAAGUGGCAGCCAUUGACGAAAUCAUGCAUCCACGGCAUACUUACCAAAUACCGCGUUUCUUUUGCCGAAGAAAAUAGCUUUCUGACAAACAACACGAGCUUUGUUAAGUUUAACGGCUCAAACCACAAAGUACCAUUUUAUAUAGAUAAUGAUCCAGGUGAACUGACACACGUACAUCUUGACAGUCUUAAAGAGUAUGUCAGGUAUUGUUUCAAGGUUACUGGAUAUACUGUUAAAGGAGAUGGUCCUCCUUCCCAACUUCACUGCGCCACAACGCUGCAAGACCGUCCUCAUGGUGCGCCAACUAAUGUAACAGCCAAUGUAACCUCCAGCCGAUCUUUCAACAUCAAAAUGUGUGUUCCAACCCUUGAUGACGCUAAUGGAAUCAUAACUCAGUAUACAGUUUUCUUCAAGCUUGUAGAGUAUGAAGAUACAAGAGAAGAGAAUGUAACUAGAAAACUGCUUCCAAAUGCUACGUAUGAACAUUGCACAGAAGCUGAUUUUGAUGGGCUGCGAACAUUCUCAGAGCAUGAUGUUCAAGUUGCUGCUUGGACCAUAAUUGGGAUGGGCCCAAGGAGUAUCAACAUAUUUUUCAAGACAUUCGAAGACGUUCCGUCCACCUGCCUUCACAACAUAACUUCUUCCCACGUGACGGAGAGAACAUCUAUCAUUUCCUGGUUGCCAGUUUCCCGUCUUGAUUUGAAUGGCGAAUUCCGCAAAAUAAAAUUGCAGAUAACCGAGAAACUGCAAGAUGGCAAUGUUUCUUUGUCCCGCACUAUUUACAUUGAUGCAUCAAAUAUUUUUGACGUGUUUCGCUCGGGUAUGAAUGCAUUUGUGAACCUGACUGACUAUUCUAAUAACUCGCAUGGUGCUAGAUAUGAUUAUUCAUCACGUUGGCAUUUUAUAAAACUAGUAAGUUUGAAACCGUACGCUUCCUACGAGGUGCUGAUGUCAUCCUGCACCACACCAGGUUGUGGACCCGAUUGUGGGACCAGUUUCCUCACAAAUGAAACAGCGCCAGCUGGAGUCGUGAGAAAUCUUGAAACGAAAGUUAUCACGGCAGACACGAUUGGAAUUUCAUGGAAACCAGUUGAAGUGAAGGAGCGACAUGGCCUAAUCUUACGAUACGAAAUUAGCUGGCUAAACGAGUGUCUGGAGAUCGAACGAGACUGGCCUCUUUUUAAGGAAAAGAAAUGCGGAAACAGUUUGUCACGUGAUGUCCCUCAAACUGGUAAAUUGAUUAUUGAGAGCAAUAAAACAUCGGUUAUCCUGACGAACCUGGUGCCGUUGAGUACAUAUUUGUUUAAUAUCACUGCUGCUACUAGCAAAGGGAACGGACCUGUGUACAACUGGAGUUUUCAUCUCCCCGAAAGCGCACCAUAUGUUGGACCGGUAAUCGACAAAAUUGAAAACACAAGUUCCACAAGCAUUAAGUUGAACUGGACCGAAAUACCAAUUGAACAGCGCAAUGGUAUCUUAAUUGGUUAUGUUUUAAAGUAUCUAGAAGCAGAAACAGUUGCGUAUGGAAUUUAUUCGUAUCAAGAAGUCUUCUUUCCAGUUUCAAAUACAGAGGUGUAUGAGUAUGAAAUUGUGGGCCUUCAGAGACACACUUUCUACAACAUAUUGAUAAUUGGGAGAACCCUUUCUGCAAAUGGAACAGCCACUAAUAUCACAAUGCAAACCGGUCCUUAUGUAAAUGGUGAUUGGACAUUGUGGUCAGAAUGGAGCAGAUGCACUCAGUCCUGUGGUAGUAGUGGUACUCAGAAGAGAGAAAGAUCUUGUACAAACCCAGCCCCGUGGAAUGGAGGGGAUGAUUGCAUUGGCCAAAGCCACGAAAUAGAAUGGUGCAACACACACCUCUGCUCAGGUAAAUUCCUCGCAAAUCCGAAUGAUGACUGUAAUGGAGCGUGCGCCAGUAUGGGACUUACUUGCGUCAAAGAUCUAGAAAUCACAUCAGAGACAAAAGUCUCCGACUUCCAGCAAUUUGUCACACCUUGCAGUGUUAUUCUCCAAUCCUGGUCCUUAAGUGCUAAUUCUAGUCUUACUGAGAACACAGGAACUUGUGCUGGAAAACCAAUGUUACUCGGAUGCAUUGCAUAUGGGACAGAAACUAAACGGAGAAUAUGCAAUUGCUACAACAAAGCUGAGAUUGGCUUUGGACAGUGGGCCCCUUGGAGCUUCUGUACUGCGUCCUGUGGAGGAGGAAUACAGACAAGCACUAGGACAUGUUUGUUAGGCGAAGGACAGUGCUCCGGGAAAGCAUUCUUUCAAAAAGAUUGCAACGAAAAUCCCUGCCCGGUUAACGGUAACUGGGGCCAGUGGACAGAAUUUCAAAAGUGUAACCAAACUUGUGGUUAUGGAUACCGACAUAGAUAUAGAAAAUGUGACAGCCCUGCUGCGGCACACGGUGGAAGGAACUGUUCUGGGACAUCUGUUGAUGCUGAAGGAGGAUGUAAUCCACAGGUUUGUCCAAUACAUGGUGGCUGGAGUGAGUUCGGGCCUUACGGCGUCUGUACACAACCUUGUGGGCUUGGCAAAUCUAUUCGAAGGAGAUAUUGCAAUAAUCCAACCCCAACCUAUGGAGGGAUGGAUUGCGAAGGGUCAGCUACUGAUAGUUUACCAUGCAAUCCACAUCAAUGCACAGGACUAGAGGUUCGAUGCAAAAUGAGGAUAGAUAUGGCAUGGAAUUACAAGUACGUGUACAACGAGAUACCCAUGUCUUUGGACUUAGCUGAACAAUGUCGACAGGGUAUUCUGUCCUUGUACUCCAAUAAAUCUUUGGUAUCGGCAAUCAAAUUCUUCAAUUUUUACAAAGGAAGCGUCAUUGCAAAUUUCAGUAUUUACUACUCGGCAGUAAAGAAUGUUGAAGUUCUUGUGCUGCAAGAUACAAUAUCUUCACAGCAGAAAGUAGGGAAUCUCACCGUGACAGAGCUUUUGAAUACACCUGAAUCAACUUUGCCGAAUCCUCCCAGCAACUUAACUGUAAUUGGAAUCGGACCAAAAACGCUAAUGAUAACUUGGAAGUUCAAUGGUUCUCAGCCAACCGGAAUGAAUCUGUCGAGUUUUUACGCAUUCUUUAGGAUGAAAGACAGUCCGGUUGGUACCUGGAAUGUGGUUGGAAUUCCCCUUGCAAAUCGUGCGUUUAAUAUAACAGACCUCUACGCUGUAGCAGAAUACAGAGUGCGGAUGUCUGUGUCGUCCACAUUUGCUGCUGGACCCGCAAGUAAUGAGGUCAUCGGAAAAACCUUAGAAGGAGUGCCUGGAAAGACAGUGCAAGGGUUCCAGAUUCGUGCUACUCAACCUUCUGAAGUCUACGCAGAAUGGGACCAAUAUCCAUACGUUGAUUUCAAUGGAUACCCACGUGGCUUUAUGAUUCGAUAUAAGAAGCAUGGGGAUACUGCCUUCAAAGAGAAAGUUGCUGCAUACGGCAGUUUCAGCGAUACGAUAAAGGGUCUUAAGCCCUUCUCUUUUUAUACAUUCGAAAUAUUGGCAUUUACAAAUGUUGGCAGGGGUCCACCAGUAUCCAAAGUGGUGAAGACGUUGGAAGGCGUACCAGAAAUACCGCCUCCAAAUGUUCAAGCGCAGAGCUACAGUGGUACGGACAGGACAUAUUUAAAAUGGGGUUCUAUACCAGAUGAAAAAACUAAUGGCGUUUUCAAAGGCUAUAAGAUACAAUAUAGGCUUGCUAGUGUUGGCGGCAGACCUUUAGUGCAGAAAGGGCCUAUUAAAGUGAUCGAAACAGACAAAUUUACUCAUGACUACGAGAUAACUGGACUGCAGAGUUACUCCACGUAUGAAGUCACUGUUUCUGGUUCCACGAAUGCUGGAGAUGGACCAAAAAGCGACGUUCUAACACCUGCUACUUGUAAAUGUCCCCAAACAAUAUUCUUGAACUGGUACGAAAGCAGGCCAUACGUCAUCAAAACAGGCAAAUCUACUAUUGAAGGCAUCUUCUACAAGGUGCUUACAGAUACACUCACUCAAUCCUGUGGCACUUGCAAUGGCAAAGCAUCUGUAAUUUCUCCCUAUAAAAGCCUCAGUGGUGAAAAGCCAGAAAAAACCAGUGCAAAAAAGGUUAUGUCGGUGAUUGGUAAAGAAUACCAUGUCAGUUUCCCUGUGUUUGGCAAAUCUGAUAUGAGUACAUACCUGAAGCAGAACGUCUUUGUCGCCCUGGUGGAAUCGCCUGGUGUUGCUGUUGCUGUCAGAAAUGACGUUGAUUAUACAGUAAAGACUAAAGCUGCCUUCAAUGCCAUGAUAAAUGUUUGGCCAAUGUACAUAGUGUUGAUCAUAAUGACUUUGCUAGCUGGCAUCUUCGUUUGGUUUUUCGAGCAUCGAUCAAAUCCAGAAUUUUCAAAAGAUCAUUAUGUAAUGGGAAUACUCCAGGGUUGUUGGUGGGCUUUCAUUUCAGCCACAACAGUUGGGUACGGGGAUCUCACCCCGAGGACAUUCGCAGGACGUGUGUUUGGUAUUAUCUGGAUCCUAAUUAGUCUCAUUCUCAACGGUAUACUAAUCGGAUCUCUCACCUCUUCUGUUACAACGAUGACACUGCCUUCACCAUUGAUGCUUUACGGAACUAAGACUUCAGCUGUGACAAACUCUUCUGAAUAUUCUUUGGCCAUAAGGAGGAACUGCAAAAUAGACAGAAACGUUGAAUACGAGAAAGUCGAUUCGGUUUUAGCAGCACUCAGUGAUAAACAUGUAGAUAUUGCAUUGAUGGAUGCAUUCGUGGCUGUAGCCAAGGGAAAGUACAUUGAAGACAAAAAACUUAAAGUUAAAGAGAUUAUAAAAACUACGGAUUCUUUUGGAUUUGUUCUAUCACAUGAGCUUGUUCGACUGGAAGACGAUUUCAGAAGCCAGGUGUCAACUAGACAGGAUCUGGUUGCAAAAUUUGUUGCCAACAUGACUGCGCGCGUACAGGUUGCGGAAGAAAUAGCUGAGGUGAUACUUUUGAUGGAUCCAUCAAGCAAAAUGUUUUGGAAUGUCCUUGAGUUUAUGGGAAUACUUGCUGCUUCUUUCACGAUUGGUGGUAUUAUCAUAUCGUAUAUGCUCAAGUGGCGCAGUUACAAGAAGUACAUGGCGAUUCAUCCAGAUCCACGAGCCAGCCUCUCUAAGUCUAUGGACAAAGAUGUUGAAAACUUUGAAAACAACCUACAAAAUUUGGCAGAUACACUCGAUGAAAAGCACUUCAGACGGAGGCUGGAGCUACUUUGGAUUAAACAAAACUACCGUAGAUAUCUGAAGCGCAGAGCUAACUAUUCUGUAGAUGAAGACAUACUGCCGAAACCUGAAAUAUAAGUAAUUUAAUCGAUUUAAAUUAACACACACUCGGUAAUUCGUCGUAAGUCAUGUCAUGGAAUGUGUUGAAGGGAAAACUGAAAGGUCCAUAGAAUCAAGUGGGUAUUUGCCCGUCCGUCUAGGAAUGCCUCUCCGGUUCUUUGAAGCAAGCACUGGAAACUUUGCCAAGAACCGCUUGAUUUAAAAUACAGUAAUUUAGAAACUAAAAGAGUUAGCACCUUUUGGUGAAUUGUUUAUCUGUAUUUCUUAAGGUCACAGUAAAACAACCCAUUAACCCCAUUGAGAAUUUUAUGUUCAAUUGUCUAAAUACCCUUGAGGAUUUCGCUGGGUAUGAACUGUCACAUGAAAUGCAUGAUACUCUCGGAAUAUUUUCCAAUCCUCUCGGGAUAUUUUACAAUCCUCUUGGCACUUUAAUGCGAGAUGCGAAUUCUUUGCGUAUCUCAGCGAAACACACAGGAAGAUUUUUAGCAAAAGCUAUUUAGGCCUUGGCACGUGUUGUGGAAGCAUCUAAUUCUACUUCGAGAGGAUGUCGAUAAAAUUCUAUCCAAUCCCAUUGGAAUCCUAUCCAAUUUUGGUAAGUUUUUCGACAUGUAUUUCACAAGAGGUUUUAAGAAGCUUACCUUGUUACAUUAUUUUGAUUUGCUGUCGUUGAAGGAAUUUGCGAGAACGAACCCUGGUAAAAUUUCCUCUUUUACUAGGUAUUUUUAGUAUUUUAUUUUAAUCUUAUUUGAAAAAACAAAAUUUGCAGAUAAAGAUGCUUUUUGGAUAAUUUCACCACUUCUAAUUUUGACCUAAAUGUAGAUAUUUCAGUAUUAUAAAAGGUUUUUUUCGAAAAGUAGCUCAUUUGUUUUAGGAGCUGAAAAGUUUUUAAAAGUUUUUUUGUAAAUUGCUGUCACUAAAUCUUCUUUUAACAAAUGCAACAAUGCUUGAAUUAUAACAUUAAUGCUUAAAUAACGAAAAUUAAGUUUAAUUUUUGUGCCAUUCGUCGUGAUAAACAUCAUCUUGCUAUCACCGUGAAAGCUUCUCGUGAGUAAAGACUCGGAAAGGUUUUAAGGUUUAAAAGAUUUUCUAGUCCGUUUCUUUCCAUUAAGUUCGUCGCAUUCACUGCGCAGAUUCGUUCCAUUCCGUAGUUUUACAUUGUGAAUACCGUUGUACCAGAAUACCGUUGUCAUUCCCCAGCCAAGUUAGUAUCAUUGCACUGGCGUGGUCGGUUGAAUUUUUCAGAUACAGUCUAUACGUGAUAAUACCUUGCACAAUCAAAGAUUACCUGAAUGCAAAAAUGUUUUGAAAUGACCAUACCUUUCAUGUUUUAUUUAUCUUAUUCCGGUUGUCAAGAAGGAAAGUACUUAUGCAUUUUACAAAGGAACGAGCAUUCAAGUACCUCCAGACGAUAUUUCUAAACAUGUCCUGCGAUAGAAGUCGUUCUAAAAUGCGGUAAGGGCCUAUAGUAGGUUUGAAGGAGCAAUUCGGCAAGUGAGUUGCAGACCAUUUCCUUACCACUGCAAGUUCUUAGUUUCACUGUUUUUGACCGGAUUAAAUUCUGGAGAUGUUUGAGAAUAAAGCCGCAGAAUCUAUACCCAAGUGCGUUACCGAUGUAUGUAUGGGGUUUCCUAUUUCCUAUCACCUAUUUCCCACCACCGCCCUACCAUAAAAAAUGCCCAUGCCAAAUGGUCGUCUGGGAAGAUUGUAUUCUCUAAAAAUUUAGGCUUUAUAAUUGCCUAUUCCUUCCCCCACACUACUGCACGAGAUGCCUAGGCCUUUUCAGAACCUCCACUGAUUGUGGCCCACGACUGG